GUUCAGAGGUGACGCGACGCGUGGACGUGCGUUGAAAAUAAGAUAAUAUCGAAAACGAAAAAAAUCACAACUCUGUAAAAGUGACGUCAAAAAAGUUUUAAAUAAAAGACUUUAUUCAUAGACCUAUUCAGUGUGUGGUUAAAUUUUGUGGAGUGAAGUUGCGUGUUGAGAAAUAAUAAUGAAGCCACUACUACCAGCAGUGGUGGCCAUAUGCCUGGUGAUCUCCAGCUACGCACACCCUGAGAACAUCGAGGAUGUCAAAGAACUACCCCAAAAAACAGAUUUAAAAUUAGAAGCAGAAGAGAGCGAGCCGCAAGCGAGAAAAGAGCGCUGCACGACCUGCACUUCAGGCACUCUUAAACUUAACUUGAAAUCACCAAACGAUGUUCUAGCUGCAAUCCAAGCGCUACCUGGCGCUGAAGUUCACACACAGCAGUCUUAUGAGAGCUGCUCUAGCGAUAAAGGGUGUGCAGGUCUUAAAAUCAAAGACGGUAAUGUCGUCGAAAGAUUCGGAAACGUAGAUUCCUUCAAAGCCGCUGUAGCGGCCGAUGGAUCUAAUGAGUUCCAAUUCCAUCCAGGAGGUGCGUUAGGAGAAGGUUUUAUAAACAAUCCGCCGUUUUGGUGGAUGAACCAAAACUCUCCAUUCAAAACCGGCGGAGGAAAUUUCGAGAAAUUCAGCAAAUCUAGCUCCAGCUUCUCCAGUAGUGGAAGCGCAGGGGGUGCAGCCGGAGCAAUACCAUUCCUCGGCGGCGGUGUUGACAUAUCAGCGAACCCAUUCCUCAACGGCGAUUUCUCCAAACUAUCAGGUGGAUUUGCAACUGGUGCCGGCGGUGAAUCUAUCAAGCCCUCAUCGUUCCAAUCAUCUUCGUUCGAAAGCUCAUCGUUCAGCAGUUCAAGCAAAGGAGGAGAUCUAGAUUUAACUAAGAACCCAUUCUUAAACGGUGGCAUUAAAUUCGGACAAGGCGGUUUUACCGCACAAGGAGGUUUCGAUUCUAGUCAGUUCGGUGCUGGCGCUACUGGCAGCGGUACAACCGGCCAAGGAAGCUUUGGUUCAAGCCAAGGGCAGAGUUUCUCAUCACAAAACAACUUCAACUCCCAAUCGUCAGGAGCUGGCUCAGGCGGUGCUCAAUUUGGUGGCCAAUUCGGUGCGUCCUCCAGCAAAUUCGGAGGAUCAGGUUAUACAGGAUCUUCUCCCAGUCCAUUCAGCGCUUCAACUGCGGGAUCCAAUGUAAACUUGAUCCAAAAUACUCAAAAAGCUACAGAGUUCGAUUAUGAACAACAGCAGCAAACUCAAAACAUAGAUGAGGCGUUCCAGUCGACCGGUAACGUGCACGCGCAUGAGCACGGCGGUGGUGAGCUGCAGCAGACCUGUGCCGGCCAGGGGUACGUGUGUGUGCACAAGGCGCAGUGUAAUAAUGGCGUCGUCAAUAUGAAUGGUGCUGGUAUACUGCAAGCCAAGACCCAGAAACAAUAUUGCAACAUCAAAACUGAAAUAUGCUGCCGAAUGGAAAUCUCCUCUCUCUCAGGCGCUGGAAGUGCCCAAGGAUCUUUGGGUGUAGGUUCAGCUACUUUCUCUGGUAGUGGUUCGCAAGGAUCAGGAUUGUUCGUUACUGGGCAAUCGGGCCAAGGAGGCUUCAGUUCAGGAAGCAAUAGUUUCGGCUCCGGACAAAGCGGCAGCUCUUUUGGGCAAUCGGGAGUAUCUAGUCAAUCUGGUCAAUCUAGCCAAUCAGGACAAGCAAGCUUUGGAGCUUCUUUCGGAAACAGAGGAACUUUUGGACAGGGAACGCAGACUAGUCAAACCUUUGGACAGGGCAGUCAAGGAACGUUCGGUCAGAGAAAUCAAGGAGGACAAAAUAGCUUUGCAAGCUCAUCAAACAAUGGAUUUUCUGCAACUGGCUCCUUCGGUUCUUCCGGUUCUUCUAACUCCGUAAACAGGGGUGUGACAUCCGGAUUCGAAUCAGGUUUCAAUACCAACAAGUUUGCAUCAGGAUCGGGAUCCAGCAGCUUCGGAGCUGGCACCGGUUUCUCCACUGCCGCUCCCACAAACCGUUUCGGCGUCAAUAACAACGAAGUCUACAAAUCAACUAGUCAAUCGAACUUCAUCGAAACCGACUCUUUCUCCGCCGGAAGCGAAGUAGCCAGCAACUACAGGCCUGGAGCGAUUGGGACUGGGUUGAAGCCUGGUAUGCCUUAUCUACCUCCAGUAGAUAACAUCAAUCAACCAACAAUAAUAAGCUCUACAAACAUCCCUCCCACGUAUAAGCCACGUCCAACCACGCCGAGACCUAUUACUCCGAGACCCACUUACCGACCGGUGACUUCAACGGCGGCACCUGGUUACUUACCUCCUGAACAAAGUGAUUCGAGCAAUCAAAGAGAGACGAGGAUCCCUGGGCCGAACUUUAUCGAUGGCGAAAUUAUUUUAGAUGAAACAAGGCCGGGACAGAGACAACCUAUACCUGCACCAAAUGAGAUCCCAGCUGGCUGUGCGGCCGCUCUGAAGUGCACGCCCAUCGAAUAUUGUACCGCUGAGGGAGUGAUUUCAAAUACAACUGUUAUUUUGACUAAGGACCAGGAUGCAUACAGAGUACCUCUUACAGACUGCAAAGACUUAGAAAGUGGUCGCAUUGGCAAAUGCUGCAGAGAUCCCUUGUACACAGACCCGUGGCCCACCAACCAACUGGGUAAAUGGGUUCCCGGGGUUUUCGGCGGUAACGAUGGCAAAUAUGUACCCGACAGCAGAGGGUCCGGGAACAACCCCAGGCCCCAAGUAACUGUUAGACCACCGGGCAACGGUAAUGUUGUGCUGAACAGUUUCAGACCAAAACCGACUGUAACGCCUUUUGGACCUAACCAAGUGACUCCUGGAUUCCCUACUGGUGGCAAUACUGUAACUUCAUUUGGACAAAAGGGCCAAUUUGGUGUUGGAGGCCAAGGACAGUACGAACAGAGAGGCCAAGGACAGUACGAACAGAGAGGCCAAGGACAGUAUGAACAGAGAGGGCAAGGCAAGUUUGGGCAGGGUGGCCAAGGACAAUACAGUCAGGGCAGUCAAGGGCAAUUCGGUGUGGCCAGUCAAGGAGGUAAUCAACUCGCAUCGGGUUCACAAUUCACAAGCAACACUCAAGCUUUCAAGGGACAAGGGCAAUCAGUAUCACAAGGCCAAGGGCAAAUCGUAACGCAAGGCCAGGGACAGUUGGUGACGCAAGGCCAAGGACAAUUGGUGACGCAAGGUCAAGGACAAUUUGGGUCGCAGGGCCAAGGACAGUUGGUGACGCAGGGCCAAGGACAGUUGGUGACACAAGGUCAAGGACAAUUUGGGUCGCAGGGCCAGAGACAACUAGUGUCCGGAGGACAAGGGCAAAUCGUGACACAGGGCCAGGGACAGUACGUCGAGAGGGGCCAGGGCUCGUACACCAGCGGUGGAGGAGGACAAUACGCUGUCGGAGGACAAGGCCAACUUGAAAUUCAGGGAGUUGGAGGCCAAGGACAGUUCUCCCAAUUCUCAGGAGAAAGUCAAAAGACAUUUGGCCAAGGGCAAGGUGUUAGCCAAGGGCAAGGAAUCGGCAUCAUCACUGGCCAAGGACAGGCAGUCAGUCAAGGACAGGGAUCAGGUGUAGUGAGAGGCCAAGGGACCGCUGUUACCCAAGGGCAAGGUGCUUUCGGUGUUUCUGGACAAGGUUUUGGUGUUAGCGGUGGAUUCGGUACUGGUUAUCGUCAAGGAUUUGGCCAAGGUAUCAUCACUGGCCUGGGACAAGAAAUUAGUCAAGGAAUUGGAUCUGGCAUUCGCCAAGGCUUUGGGCAAGCACUGGUCCAAGGCGAGGGUCAGACUAGCGCAUCGGAACAAGUGUACAGAGUGUUCUUGGGAAAAUACAACGGCGGUAGCGGCCAAUGUGGUGUACUGAACGGUCAAAAACCUUACGGCAAUCGUAACGACUUGGAGGUUGAUUUCGCUGAAAUUCCAUGGCAAGCGAUGGUACUGCUACAAACCAACAGGAGUCUCCUCUGCGGAGGUGUUAUAACAAGACCGGACGUCGUGCUCACGUCUGCUUCUUGUGUUGAAGGAUUGGACGCCAAAAACGUACUUAUCAAAGGAGGCGAAUGGAAACUGGGCAUCGACGAUGAACCGCUACCAUUCCAGAUUGUCCAAGUCAAAACUAUCCUCAGGCAUCCGUUUUACAAAUCAGGCAGUUUGAAACACGACGCCGCUAUCUUGGUUUUGUCUGAGAAUCUCAGAUUAGCGAAGAACAUCUACCCAAUAUGUCUGCCCGCCGCAUCUGACACUCUGGAUGCGUUCUACAAUGGAGCCGGUGAAUGCAUUGUCACAGGAUGGGGAAAACAAGUAUUACAAGCCCAUCUAGCUGGCAGCAUCAUGCACAGCUUGAACGUGUCCCUCAUCAACCCUGGCGAAUGUCAAUCCAAACUGAACUCCGACUACCCUCACCUGGUGGAGCAGUACGACCAGGAGAGCUGCGCGUGCGGUCAACCGCUCAAUCCAGUCAAUAACAUAUGCAAAGUCGACAUUGGCAGCGCGCUCGCCUGCACCACUGAUAACCAACACUACGUACUGAGAGGCGUCUACUCCUGGGAUUCUGGAUGUCAGACCGGCAACCAGCUCGCCGCAUUCUACAAAUUCGACUUGGAAUGGUACGAAUGGGCCAUCGGUCUCGUUGAGAGUGUCAGAUUCGCCAAAUACACGAUUGGAACAAAAGUAACCACCAGUCAGUUCUCCAGUCAAUUGAACAGUGCUGUUAAAGGACAGUUUACCGGAAACGUUAAGGGUAGCCAGUACGCAGGCGUGAAAGGUACUGGUGUAUCCGGAGGAAGCUCUACCGGAAGCGGGAUCUCCGGAAGCAGGAUAACAGGCAGCGGUAUUUCGGGGAGUGGAUUAGCCGGAACUGGCUUGACUGGAAGUGGAGUCGCUAGCUCUGGUCAAUUCGGAUUCAGUCAGUUCGGCACGAAAUUCUCCGAAGCCCAAUCGAACGGCUUCAACGCGGGAAUAACAGCGCCCAUCACCAACAGCUUCAGUGCCUCGUACUCCGAAAAGAAAGUAUUCCAAACGGAACCUAAGAUAAUCACUUACACUACUAAACCCGAAAUCGUCACGUUCACGACGAAACCCGAAUAUUUCACGUUUACGACGAAACCGAAAAUUAUUACUUACACAACUAAACCUAAAAUAGUUACUUACACGACUAAACCGCAGAUUAUUACUUACGAAACAUCUGGAAGUGGCACCAAUCCUCAAUACGUAGCGCCUGGAGUCACAUACAACCCUUCAUUCGCCGAAAUCACUGGUCUACACAAACAUAACGCACAGUGCAAAUGUCUCGAAAAAGGUAAAAAAUGA